GAAGAGAUAGUAGAACUGUUAGCGGUGCACAUAUGAAAACAGCUAGACCUAUUAGCGAACGUUUAAAAUAUUAUUCUGUCAAGUAUGCAUGCAUCUAUGGUGGUCAAAAAUUUCUUCCACGUGGUGCUGGCAGGAGACAAUCUCAGUUAGUUUAUCAAUUAGAACUAAUUGUCCUGCUCACAUUAUGCUUAGAGCGUCAAAAGAUGGGACUAAGUUGGAAGUAACUAGUGUCAAUAAUGAACAUAAUCACGAAAUUUCCGAAGAACUGUUUAAAAAUUUGCCACAAGAGAGAAAGCUUUGUGGCGAGAUCAAACAAGAUGUACAAGAUCUUAUGCGGUUGCACAUAGAUCGUAAAAGAUUGAAAGAGUAUGUACGCUUGUGUACCAACAAAAUAUUACGUUCUAAGGAUUUAUUUAAUAUAGCUGCUGCUAAUAAGCAAAAGAAAGAAAUUACUCCCGAAAGAGCCUAUCAGUUGUUUAAAAAGAUACACGACAUUGAAAAACUGCAACGUGCGAAAAUGGAAAGGAAAUUGUGUUCGGAAUCUGAAGAUGAGAUUGCACUGACGAUCAAAAAAAUAAAGAAGGAACAAGAGUCACCCUGGGGUCAAGAUGGUCUGUCGCCUGAGUUAGAGGUAAGUGAAGGAAACGAUGGUGAUGAUUCGUAUGGUGGUCAAUUGACUCAAGAAGAAGUGGUAGAUGAAAUAGAUCCGACGGAUAAUAAGUUGUUGGGAACAAGUAACGAGGGAGAUAUAAUAGAAACGAAUAGAGAAAUAGUAGGAGAAUUAGUAAUGGAAGACGGUGAUCCGUCAGUAAUAGUUGAGUCUAUCGUUAAUGUCGAUGGUUCAGUUUUUGUCGAUGAACGAGAUUUUAAUACUUAUUGCGCUAAUCAUUUAUCACAUACAGUUGACGAUAAUCAGUCUUCUAGUUCUCAAGUUUUAGGUAUAGACUCUAUAACGUCUUCAAGCAAUAUAGGGAAAAUGACAAAAGACUCUUCAUCUCCUAGUCAUAAAAUACAGAAUACGUCUCCAACGACGCCACCAUCGCAUUCAACGUCAAAAUCACCCGACGAUUUUAACGAAAGCACAGAUUCAAGAAUUUGGAUCAUGAAGGAAGCAACUUCCAUGGAAGCAGAAAUGGAUAGUAGUCACGAAAGUGAAACUAAUGAAUCAAAAUGUGCUACUAUUAUGAAAGGAGAUAUCGGUAACACUGAUGUCGUAUUAACUAAUGCGGCGGAUCAUCAUUUGUUGCACGAACAGUUAGCAGUUCUUAGAGCAGAAAGGGAAAAGUUACGUCAUGAGACUGAUAUGUUAAAACUUAAGAAAGAUAAAUUAAAAUUACAAAUAAGUUGUUAUGCAAGCGAGCUUAAGAAACAGGAAAUGGAGAAGGAAAAAUUGAGAUUAGAAAUUAAAUUAUUACAAUCUAAAGCAAUGGAAGAUAGCGAUGUGUCUCAUUAUAUUUUUGUGCCUUAACCAUUCAAAAAAACUAGCUUUGUAAGAUCUUAUUAAUUAGGAUAGGAUAUAAGAGAUAUUAGAGCAGCGCACAACAGGUUAACAUAGUAAAAAGAGAUUACAUCAAAUUUAAUAAUGGAAAUUUUCCAAAUUAAUAUAUAUUUUCAAAAUGGAUAGUAAAAUCCUUUAAACUUAUACUUUAUUAUUUUUUUAUGAAUUAAUUGAUUAGCUCAAACAUGUCUUUUUUUGUUCUUCUUUACUCAUCAUAUAUUAUCAAUGAUAUUGGUGUUAAAUAAGAGAUGUAUGACACAACGUUAAAACAAUGUAUAGAUUUUAAAUUUGUAUUCAAUCUUUCUGUAAAAUAAUAUGUCGAUAUAUGAUAUAGAAGUUUAAGUAUUGAUUUUUGCAGUCUAUAAUAUUAUUAUUUUAAUUUUAAAAUAAGAAAACAUAGCAUUUAAUAAAUUAUUUUGAAAUUGAAGCAUAUACAGUGGAUAGAUCACCCACUGUACCGUUUUUUUUUCUUUCUGUUUUAAGCGUAAAUUUUAUCUUAUAAAACAGAAUUAAUAAGAUAAUAAU